GACUGACUAUUUGAGGGGCAGUUUGAAUAAGAAUAUCAAAAAAUACAAACCUAAAAAUUAAAUAUCCAAAUUUUCUGAUAGCAUGGAAAACGAACGGCCCAUUGAUAUUGGAUCUAUGAACUCGGAUGGUGCAAGGAAUAAGCCAGCUAAGCAAAUGUUGCUUCAACAAAUAUCCGUGAGCAAAUACGGACAUCUCGUGCAACAGAGUCGAGAGGAGUUGCACGUGGAGCAAAGCACAGGAUUCAAGGAUGUGCAGCACAGGGGCAUACUUGUCCAGAAGGGAAUUGUAGAGCUUUUAGAUGAUUUUGAGCACAUCGGUGAUUGCGGGUCAACGGGAAACCUAGGGGAAAUGGUGCAACAGACACGAGACGCAUUUGUUGAGCAAUUCUGCUUGGAUCCCAAGUAUGCUCAGGUCAAGGGCAUACUUAUAGAGAAAGGAGUCUUGCAAGACAGCAGCGAGCCAGAAAUGAGUUCUGAUUUGGAAUGCGUGGAAAGGGAACUUGAGGACUAUUGUCUAUCGACCUUAAAACGUCCGGUAGAUAUGCCUGACAGUAUAGAAGGCAUGAUGAAGUAUAUCAAUGAGUUUACGGAGAGCUUGGAUACUAAGCCGGAUCAAAAGGAUUGGGUCAAGUUUCGCUCUUGCAUACGUGAGGUUUAUGAAUAUCAUUUGAAUAAAAAAUCCGAACAUGAAAAUGUGGACGACAAUUCAGAUGUGCAAGUCUUUUAUAGGGAUACAGACCUGAAAAAAGAUCUAACCCAAGUCGAAUUGGACAUCGUGAGGAUGAUGCAGCCACUGAACGAGCUCAUCCAGCGAUCACAAAAGCUGACCAACAGCAUUGAAUGCAUUGAGAGCAAGAUCAAUCGAUUGGAUCUCAAAGUGGACAGUUUCUACUUGAGAUACAAUGAAAAUCUGCAUAAGCGAGAGCAGUCCUUCGAAGAGAUAAUGACACUGCAGAGAUUCCGAGAGAGAAUCGGCCAGAGAUUGACCAAAAUCGAAACGGAAAUUCAUACAUCCAAAACUCUAUUACUCAAGGGGCGUGUCCAGAAGAAUUAAAAAGGUAAAGGAAAAGAGGCUCGUUAGUCAAAUUGUAGGUAUGCUCCGCGUAAAGGAGCAUCGAAGGGCCUGAGAGAGAUAGAGAUAUAGAGCUCUCGGUCUCUUCAGGUCGGUAAAGUGAGGAAAUCAACAGCUUUCCCAUCAGCAACCAGCAAUUAUACUCAUGAGCCCCCAUUCUGAAUGCAAUUUACUCUGAUUGUGGACCUGCGUACGUCGUAACCGUCGAUCUGAAAGCCAAUCUCGUCUGAUGUGGGCACUCAAAUUCUGUGUAUGUCUUCUACAAUGAACUGGUAAACAUUGAGCAAUAAAUAUCGAAAUGUUUAAGAAUUA